AUGGAGCCCGGACCGAGGCGGCGGCGCCGCCGGAGCCACCAGCCGGUGGCAGCCUUCUUGCGCGACCCCAGCUCCGGGCGCGUCUACCGGCGCGGGAAGCUGAUCGGCAAGGGCGCCUUCAGCCGCUGCUACAAGCUGACAGACAUGUCCACCAGCGCUGUGUUUGCCCUUAAGGUGGUGCCGCGGGCGGGGAGGCUUCCCUCCAGAGGGAAGGUGGAGCGCGAGAUCGCCCUGCACAGCCGCCUGCGGCACCACAACAUAGUGGCCUUCCACGGACACUUCGCUGACCGUGACCAUGUGUACAUGGUGCUGGAGUACUGCAGCCGACAGUCCUUGGCCCACGUGCUGAAGGCGCGGCAGACCCUGACGGAGCCUGAGGUGCGCUACUACCUGCGGGGCGUGAUCGGUGGCCUGCGCUACCUCCAUCAGCAGCGCAUCGUGCACAGAGACCUGAAGCUCAGUAAUUUAUUCCUUAACAAGAAGAUGGAGGUGAAAAUCGGAGACCUGGGACUGGCCACCAGGUUGGGGCCAGGGGGCCGCUGCCACAGGGUGCUCUGUGGGACUCCAAACCUCCUGGCCCCAGAGGUGGUGUCCAGAAAGGGGCACUCCUGCCCAUCGGACAUCUGGGCCCUGGGCUGCAUCAUGUACACAGUGCUGACUGGCACCCCACCUUUUGCGGCAGCAUCCCUGUCAGAGAUGUACCAGAACAUCCGUGAUGGCCACUAUCCAGAGCCUGCCCACCUGUCACCCAAUGCCCGCCGCCUCAUUGCCCGCCUCCUGGCACCUGAUCCAGCUGAGAGGCCCAACUUGGACCACCUGCUGCAGGACGACUUCUUCACACAGGGCUUCACUCCGGAGCGGAUGCCGCCCCACUCCCGCCACAGCCCCCCGGCCUUCACCUUCCCACAACCUGUGGGCAGCCUCUUCCGGAAAGUGGGCCAGCUACUGUCGACCCAGUGUGGACCUCCCUGCCCCUGCACCUCCAAAGAGGCCUCGGGCCCAGGAGAAGAAGGGCCAGAACCUGACUCCCUGGACUGGGGCAGCGAGGCCUCCCUGUCUGAGAGAGGGGCUCACUGUCCCCAGGCCCUCGUCCACUUGCUCACACAAGGGACCCUCCGGAGCGACCCGGCAGGAGAGCCCAGAGACGGAGGUGGCAGCCGCCAUCAGGAACCUACAGCUCUGCCUGGACGCUGGCCCUGUGGCCCCACAGGACCCCCCCGGGGAGCAGCAGCCCCCCCUCUGGGCUCCCAAGUGGGUGGAUUAUUCCAGCAAGUACGGCUUUGGCUACCAGCUGUCGGAUGGGGGCAGUGGAGUCCUGUUUCGGGAUGGCACCCACAUGGCCCUGCGCCCCCCAGGAAGCCACAUCUGCUACCUGCCGGCGCGCGGGAGGCUGGAGACCUUCGCCCUGAGGGACGUCCCCCGGGCGCUGGGCGCCAAGCUGGCCGUCCUGCGGCUCCUCACCGGCUACAUGCAGAGGCGCCUGCGGGAGGUGAGCUGGGGGGCAGGGAGAGGGGCCCCCGCCCUGACGCCCUGUCUGCAGGAGGGGGCCUCGCCUGCCCCCCAGCCGCCCGCUGCGCUGGGCCUCUGCCUGCUGCGCUUCCUGGGGACCUCGCAGGCGCUGCUGCUGCUGUUCAGCAACGGGACCCUGCAGGUCAGCUUCAGUGGGCUGCAGACCCAGCUUGUGCUGAGUGGCGAGGGCCAGGGGCUGCUGCUCACCUACUGGGUGCGGGGUCAGCCAGGUGCCUCCUACUCUCUGGGCACCCUGCAGCGCCGCGAGUGUGCCCCGGCUGCCCUGCAGUACCUGCGCCACACGCUCCACCUGCUGCAGAGCUUAUAGCGACCGAGGAUCAGAGUGGACCUCCGCGUGAUGGGGCUGGGGACCCAGGCUCCAUUCCUGUUCCUGCUGCUCCCCCAGAGGGAUGUCGCUGGGAGAGCGGGGGCACACAGGAGGGUGGCAGGGUGGGCUUCUUGCCCUGUGGCCUGACUGUUCAACCAGACUCCCGUGGGCAUCGACUGGGGCUGGGGCUCAGUGGUAGAGCACUUGGGGAGGCACCGGGUUCGACCCUCAGCACCGCAUAAAAUAA